AUAACGUCUUCUCUCUUAUCAGUAACUCCAUAAAGUCCUAUAGGCAUAGCUCACUCCCUCGUUCCUUCAAGUGUUUAUUUAUUUAUUUAUUUAUUUUUUUGCUGACAUGAGUAUUGUACUAAUUCUAAAAAUCUCAUCCUUCACAGCGCUCGCGUAGAGAAGAAAAAAUAGAAAAACAUGAAAAACAACCUAUAUCUGAGCUUCAAAACACGCAACACACAUAUGCACACAUCCCAGGCUCCCUUUAGAUCACUCAUAGUCAAAUACCGAUGAAGUAGAAAGUAUAGAAAAGGAGAAAGAGGGGAAAAAGUAGAGGAAGAAUCUUAAACUCUGUCUGGCAGCUCAAAACAGUGUUGCCACAGCGGGAGUCAAACCUUUUGGUGCUCAGUGAACCUCCAACGCUUGUGAGAGGAGGGUGUCAUUUUAGUGCUUCCCGGGAUUAAUCCAACGUUUUCCCUCUUUGACCUUGAAGUAACAACGUGUGCAUGAGUGGGAGGUGUGGCGGCGUGGUGGUGAGCUGGAGACGUGACGCAGUGAGGGAGGUGUUGAGUGUUGGCAGGACGUGAAACGUGGCUGGGAUUACGAAGCUGUAGGUGAAUGCGGUGUGUCUCGGCUGGUCUCUGGUGAAAUGGUCCGGUACUGAGGCGAAGACAGGGCAGUGUUACCAGAACCAUCAAAGGGUCCUGCCGCGGCGUGGUGUGCUGCGCCGCGCCUUGGGGCUGAUGCGCCGCACCGCGCUGGUCUGGAGGCGAAUGAUGAAGCCAGACAUGGGGGAGAUACAGAGAAUGUCGCCGACUUGCGUCAAGGGGGAGGACAGCGCCCCGGGGGGCCACCCUGAGGCAGAGAACGUACCGCCGCCCGGAACUCCCGCCCUCAGUAAUGGCGAGGAGGUCGCUGCCGUGGCCGCCAGGCUGGGUAUGUCGCCACUCAAGGUGUCGGUGGCCAACGAGGGACGCAGGGCCUCGCCGCUGUACAAGGGCGCCUCGCAGCCCAGCUCCGCUACCCGCACCCUGCCACCCACCUCCGCCGCUCGUGCCCUACCACCUGGCCCCGCCGCCUGCAGCUUGCGGAAGCCCAUGCUGAUCCUGCGCCGCCUGGACCCCAAGCAGAUGUGGCGGAAGAGUGACAUCGAGGAGAUGGGACUCAACGACGCCUGUGCCAAGAGGAUCCGGCGGGAGCUGGCGCGCUGCAAACGGAAUUGCCGCCGCCGUUACUUGCGCAAGGUGGGCAGGAUGUCCCUAAAGAAGGCACCGCGCACCACAACUGUGCAGCCGCCGCAAACCACAAGACGCAGGAGGCGACGCGUGGCAGCGAAGGAGGCUGCCUCUGGGAGCCCACCGCUGGAGGAACCUGCUGCUGCUGCUGCUGCUGCUGCUGCUGGUGCGACCUCCUUUACUUGUCCACCAAAGAAGAGGAACCAGGACGUGCCCAGCCACACCACCUCGCCGCUCAGUGUUCUACCUCAGCCACAGGCACAGGGAUGGGCCUCUCACCAAUUCCAGCCUCACUCAAACCUCUCACAAAAAUAUUUAACAAAUGGGACAGCAUCUCACUUACUCCACCCUGCAUCCCCCACCCUCCAGAGCACCUCCCACCAGCUGUUCCUUACUAGCGAGUCACCACAUGCAGUGAGGAGUGAGGGCCGCAAGUCACAUUUGCAUCAGAAGUGGUAUGAGCCUGCAGCUUCCUCCUCAUCAGCCACAUGGUUCCCUCCUACACUAAUCCCAUCCCCAACAUUCCCACCAAGCAGCACCCAGGUAAAUGGAAGCCAGGAUACCACACAUCAGGCUCAAGUGCAUUCUCCCUUGGCAGCGACCAGCCCCACAGUGACUGCACAGCCCUCCAAGGACCAUGUUGGUAUGCAGAGGCCUCCACCUCUCAUUCCCCUGCCAAGAGUGGAAGCCUCAGCUAUCAGUCACUCAAGAAACACCCCCCAGGAUACUCAGGCCUCCAGGUGGCUUCCGUACUCUCUUGAGCCUCGAGAUGCUUCACUGCAAGGCCAACUGGACCCCAGAGCUGCCAGCCAGCCACCAGGGGGACAAAGGACAGUCUUUGCAGUAAGGACAAAGACUGAUUCUACCCACAAUCCCAUGCUUCACAUUCCUGCUCUGCCAGCCAACCAGCCAGACCUGAAGCCUCACCCACCAGCCGCAGCCCAGAUGCCAGCCCACCAGCCUCCCUCACCCUCUAGAGUGGUGGCCAGGACAAGUGUGGUUCCCUCCAACACAGUGUGGAUUGUAGAUGGCCAAAAGUCAUCGGAGUUGCCUUUUGCAUCUGCUUCCUCCAGCAGACCAGCAUUGCAGCACUAUGUAUCAGCUCUGCCAUCCAGCACAGUGCCCUCCCCUCAUCACACCUCACCCAGCUCAAGACAAGAAGUUCCUCAAGAUCUCUCCAUCAGUUCACCCUCAGUCAUCACCUCUGCUGUGAGGUCGAGAAUCAUCAACACCACCAACGCCUCGCUACCUGUGUCAUCCUCCAUCUCUCUAAUCCUCACAGCUGGUGUUCCUCUCAUUCCCGUGUCGUCUGAAGCAAACACCUCGGCACCCAACACUGUCACCACCAUCACCAGAACCCCCAUCGUGUCCACAGUAUCAAUCAAAGCCAGUGAGCAGCAGCAGCAGCAAGACAGUGUUGUUUCAUAUGAGACCAAGAAGAGCAAGGCUGUCAAGUCCAGGAAAUUGCAGGAAUCUGAUGAGGCUGUUCAGGCAAAGAGAAUCAAGUUACAGGAAGGAGUGGAAGGUGGAUUAAAGCUAAGUGAUGUCAGCCACUCCACUCAUUCAGACAGCAUCCCUUCUACCACAGCCUCCACCACAACCACCUCUGAGUCUUCCCCCAGCAAGCUGAACAAAGUCAACUAUGUGGCUGUCAUAUCCAUUACUCCCUCCACCACUACCACUGUUACAACCACGGUCUCAUCCACCACCACCACCUCUACCACUUCCACUACGCCUGCCACACAUACCACUAUAUCUGCAUCCAUCUCGGAUCCACUCCUGGUCACCUCAGAGUUCAAGAGCCACAGGAAGGACUCAACCAGUGAUAAGACAUCGAGUAUGGCACAGAAAUCAGAUGCCCAGGGGAGUGAUGCAAAGACUCCAUUCAUUCUGGUGCCCAAAAAGAGGCUACGUGUAAUGGCAGACACUGACCUUUCUUCUGUCAAGGGCACACCAACAUCUGUAGUGAAGCAGCUGAGAGAAGAGAGUACACCACCAAGGUCAUCCAUCAUCCACACCACCGCUGCCGCUGCUGCUGCCACACAAGAUGGCCACGGAGAGUCUGGGAAAGGUCAGAUUAAGGAAACUCCCUCCCCGGCUGUACCGUCAUCCUCAGCCACAAGUAGUCCUGCAAAGAAGACUUUGAAGCGAGAGAGAGUGUCAUUUCCUGCCAAGACUAGCACUGCACCACUGUCUCCCGUCUACUGUGCUUCUCCCGCCACAAAAAAGCGACUCAAGAAGGUGGCAGUGCAAGUGGAGAGGCUGACAGAGAAGAGCCUCACAGAUGCCUUCCUUGCUGCCCACAAUGUGUCCCCUACGUGUGGUGCUCGGCUGUGUCGCCACCUGAAGGUGCUGCAGGGAGCUGGCCAGUACCACCGCCCACUGAACAGAAAGCAGCGAAUGCGCAAGGCCCUGCUGGCUCUCAAGGCUGCACCAUCUCGUCCAGCAGCACCGUCGCCCGAAAUCCCUCCUCCACCACCAUUAAAACCCUUCAAACCUGUAAAGUCUCUGAAAUCUCCAAGACUUCUGGACUCCACGCCGUCUCACAGUACCAUCCCGGCUCCUGCCAGCCGUAGCCAGUUGCUUAUGGUGUCACCAGCUCCCACAGUGCCAGCCAAGCCACCAGUGCCAGCUAAGCUCGGUGAAAUGGCAGGCAUUCUGGUGAUUAACUCGGUGAAGAGGCGGCGGCUGCUGGUGCUGAGAAACAAGCGGCUGCAGCCCAGCAACUUGAGGCUGCUGCAGGAUGUGGGUCUGGCCAUUGCCAAGAAGGCAUCCAAGAACUCCACCCUGGACCGCAUGGGUGUCCAUGGCCCCAUCCUGGACCCAGGAUACUUCGGCAUUAAGGGAGCCCCGCGACCCAGCCAGAGCCACAGGAAGCCAGGCCAAGCCAGCCAAGUGAGCCAGGGUGAACCAAACCAUGCCAGCCAGACUCAGCCAGGCCAGACAGGCCAGAUGAUUGUUCCUGCUGCUGAUGCUGCUGCUAUUCCAUCUCAUCAUCCUCAUCAGGUGCAAAGCUUAAAGAAGGCUACUGCCCCAAAAACACAACCUCGCAUUUACUUUCCAGAUGGGCAUGUUCUUGUAGUGCAACAGCAGCAGCAGCAGCAGCAACAUCAACAACAGCAGCAUCAGCAUCAACAGCAGCAGCAGCAGCAUCAGCAUCAGCAUCAACAACAGCAGCAGCAGCAACCAUCACAAGGGUACCUCUACCCGGGGCAGGUUCCUGACCCCAGAAGGAGUAGCAGGGCAAUGGUGCCUGCAGCUGUCAUAGGUGCACAAGGGAGCCCUGGCCCCCACCCUGCCCCACACAUCUUGCUUCAAUCUACCAGCCAUCCUCACAAAGCCAAGUUAGUGAUGAUGGACCAGCAGGGCCACAUGAGGGAGGCCCUGGUUAAUCCUGUCCCCCACGGAUACUAUCCACCCCCAGGGCCAGUCCCAGGUUCCAGCUCUCAUCCUGAAGGGUGGUCAGGUCGGCCACAGGUGAGCCGAGACCCCCUUGCUCCUCCCCUCAUGUUCAUGGGCCCCUCAGGGAUGGGAGUAGUCGCCAGGGAACUCGCUCAGCCCCAACAGGUGCAGUCUGGUGCUACCCGGCCCCCGGCAUCCCGUGCCAUGCCACCUCCCCUGUCUUUCAUGGGACAGUCUGGGGAAACAGCCUCCUGGGCUGGGGCACAACAUAGCCAGCAGCCAGUGGGCAUGUCAUGGCCCCACCUGGUGGGCCAUUCCUCCAGAACAUACCCAGUCAUCAACCACACCAAGCAUGUCAUUGCCAACAAAGCCCCACCCAGUUACUUUGGCCCCCCACCACACUACACCCCAAAGUCCUCCUACAGCAUCCAGAGGCAUUUGUUCCAGGGACAGCCACACCCCAACACCCCCACCUCUGUUGCCCCAAGACCCAACCCUGACAGCCGCCACCACACCCUGGACUGGCCUGCCACCGCUGUGCCACAGGCCACCUCACACUCCCAGCAACAACACCACAGGGUCACUGCUGGCACCAAGGUGCACCGCCCAUCUCAUACUGAUGCAGUGCAGGUGUCUUCAGAGCACCACAGCAGACCACGGCAGCCAGCAGUGGUGCACAGAGACACCAGCCGCCACCAGGCAGCAGAUCCUGGAGUGACGGCUCCCUCCAGUGCAGGACCAGUGACAGCAUCUAGUGCCACCUCUACCUCCAUUACCACCACCACCACCACCAAUACGCCCAGCACAUCCACAGACAGUGUUGAGAAGCACCAGUGUCACCAGAAGUGGCUGCCAGAGGUGAUGGCAGUGGUGGAGGCGCUACUGCUCCAGCUGGUGGAUGCCGGGCUGCCCACUAGGCAGUCCUUCAUCACCCACACCUUGAAGCAGCUUCUGUACGCCCGCUGCACCGCCAGGCCCACCUCGGCCUUCUGCUGCACGGCACAGGAGAAGCGGUGGUAUGUAGAGUUCUACAACGCCCACUGCCAGCGCCUGCAGACCAUGGAGGAGGUGAGGCAGCCCAUCUGCGGCCUGAGCCAGGAGGCAGUGCGGGCGUGGCUGGGCAGGCUCAAGAUGGAUAUGAUCAAGUUCUACGGUGUGCCACCGCAGCGCAUUUACUACUUGCACGAGUUUAACUUCUUCCUAGACCAGCAGACACGGGAGGUGAAGUACCAUCGCAUGUUUCCCGGCUUGCCUGUCAUGAGGCCUGGCAGCAAGGACACAGUGUCGGUGCUGUUCACCUUGGGCGCCGAUGGCCAGGUGGGGCCUGGCAUGAUCAUCUUCCCCCGGAUGGUUAUCCCAGAGCGUCUGUUUGAGUCGCUGCGGCGUGUAGUGGGGGGUGGAGAGUGGGUGCUGGGCUCCUCUGCCAACGGCUGGCUCACCAGGGACUGCGUGCUGGAGUUUGUCAGUGACGUUUUCGUGCCAUGGCUCAGGAGACGUGCUGUGCACUUCCCAGCAGCGCUGUUCUCCAGUGAGUACAUCUCUGGGGUGUCUGUGGUGCCCGUGGCGGACCGCUUCGUGGCUCAGGGUGUGCAGCUCAUCUCUGUGCCGCGGGAGAUCACCAACGUGCUGAGUCCCGCGGAGUGGACCAUGGGGUACCACCUGCGUUGGCACUGGGGCCGUGUGGUCAAGGAGUGGAGUGACACCAAUAACAACAAACCACUGCUGGAAGAAAACUUUGCGCCAUUCAUCAUCAGCUUCCUGAGCGGCCGUGCUGUUCCCAGGAAGGUGAUGGAAAAAUUUGCUAAGUUUGGAAUCUGUCCCUUCAAUGCACAAGCCAUGUUCCAUUUCCUCCUCAGGUACCACUCCUUAGGCAGCAAGGCCAUCAAGGAGGGGGAGUGAUACCUGCAGAAAGAGAUGUGAGGGACUGGCUGGUGCUAUGUGGUGCCUCACUCGUGACAAGAACUACGCAGAGAUGACAAGAACAGCCUCUUCCACCUUCAUCUACUCCUCAUGUUCUGCCCUCACUAAAGACAACCAACCCUUCUCCACUUUACCCCCACAAGAGUUUCUGCUGCAGCUGACCACCCAUAACAAGAAACCGUGUUCUUCAUCCUCACCAAAGAAACUCAAGACAAACAUAGGCAGAAUAGGAAGAUCAAUCCACCUACCAUUUGUUCCUGUAACUUGAUUCUCUUCACCUGAACAGUCUCGUCAGAUUCCUGCUUUUCCCUCCACUCAUUGUCCCUCACAUGGCUGGCCUUGAUGUUGAGGUCACCAAGCUGGAAGAGGUACUGCACCACACUGGGUCUGGGAUCUGAGCCAGGGAGAGCAGCGGCAUGGACACCACGUCAAAGUUGCUGUGGGAGAUGGCGUAGUGCACGGCGGUGUUGCCCUGCGGAUGGUGACACGUUAGAUGUGAUUGUGAUAGGAGAGGGUGUUGUCAUUCUAAGCAGUGUGUUGGAAGAGAUGCCAAUUGUUACUAGCUGUGGUUUGAUGGAGAAGGAUGUGUUAGAUCUUUCAUAAUGGUGGUGAGGAUAGAAGAAUUGGGAGGGGAUGGAGGGACAGUCUGUUUGAUGUUUCUUUGCUGGCUGGUGACAUGAGGAAUUAGUUUUGUGGUGUAAUGAGAAAAUAGAUUGUGAUAUUCCUUGUUUUCACUAUUAGCUCUACUGAAGAUGGUGUGCUAUUGAUGGAGGACAUUCUUUGAUUUGUGUUACUGAGAUGUUAUACAAGUUAAUUGUGAUAUACCUUAAAGGAGGUUUUCAUUAAAUCUAUUAUAAUUAUUAGGAUGAGGCAUUGAGUAGAUUGUGAUAUAAGAUUGGUUGAAUUAAAUGAACAAAGACUUGUCAUGAUAGUGAUUAGGUAAGUGAAGUGGGAGACUUGUCAUGAUAAGUGAUUAGGUAAGUGAAGUGAGAGCUAAGUCAGCCUCUGUAAUGACUCUGUGAUGGAGAUGUAAUCAUUUAAAGCCACUAAUACUCAAGUGUUUGGGUGUAACAGACACACUAGCAAGGCAGCUGUAAGGUUAUGUUUGAGAAAAUUCAAUUAUUAGUCUUGUCUCUACAAAAAUCCUGGAGGGAAGCGUGUAGUUUUAGUGUCCAUGGUGUGUGUCUGUGCAUUGUAUGGGCCACCCUGGAUGAGACUGGCAGUGUAGUACAGUGUAGUUUGGUAGACUGGAUGCAGCCAGCUACAUAAAUAUUGAGCACAACAAUUAAUGUGAAUGGUGUCCAGUGAGGUGUAUCAAAGACGGAAGAGUCAAUUACUUUCCUCUGGUGCUCAGCAAUACAGCGUCAGUAUGCUGUGAAGUAAGACACUACUUACAGAGAAAAAGCGGUUAUUUUCUUUGGUGCUUGGUAAAAGGUAAAAGAUAGUGAGGUGUUGUGUUGAAGGACAUUUAGUUUGAUGAUGAUGAGGCAUUAGGUUAAGUAAAAUGUGAUGGAAUUGAAAGGUUUUUUAUUUUAAGGAAAUAUUUUGUUAUAGAAUUGAAAGGUUUUCAUUUAAAGGAAGUUUUCAUUAAGUGAAAGGAAAUAUUUUGUUAUAGAAUUGAAAGGUUUUAAUUUAAAGGAAGUUUUCAUGAAGUCAAUUAUAAUAGUGUUACAUGAAUACAGUGUGAUGUUACAAGUGGUGAAUUAAUGAACAUAAAUGUCAUACCUACAAUAUGUAAUGAACUCAAGUAAUAUUUAUAAAACUUAUCAAAAGACAUUGAAGACUUCUGAGUGCAUUACAUUACUAACCAAAACAGUGAAAGAGGGACUGCAACGUUCCACUACUGACCACCACCACCACCACAGCCUAUGUACGUUGACAUUGGCCAGGUUCACCACUUUCUGCAGGAGGUUCUUGGAGUAGUCCUCGAAGGCUUCCAUGUCAUCCUCCACUGUAUGCGGGUCAGUGUCCUGGCUGGGGACCUGAAGUGCCCAGGGACAUUAAAACAUUGUUCGUCGUUUGUUUAUACCGGCUACUACUAAAUAACUUUGUGCUCUAAUCUUGGCUGUCUUGGUUCUGUUAUCACCUCUCUAAAAGUGCCAAUUGGUCACUUAAAAAUGUUGUAUACUGUUUUUUUCACGAUUUUUUUUACUAUUUACUCCAGCACAUCAGGUUUUUUUUAUAGGUGUAAUUUUCUACUUAAUGAUUUCAGCUAUUAUGGUUGUGUAUUAUCAUCAUCAUCAUCAUCCCUGCUCUUAGGCAGUGAUAUGUUGUGUACCUCUUCUCAUUAAUUUAUACCGUACAAAUUUAUCCAUCAGAAUUUUCAUGUAUAAUUUUUAGUUUUUACCUCGGAUAUUUAUUCAUCAUCCUCUCCUGUGAAGUCUAAUACCGUUUCUUUAAAUUAAAGAACAACAGCAGUUCUUUCACUAUAUGAAAAGAAAGUCCUGCUCUUUGUAUAUUUUACAUACACAAGAGAAGCAUUAAGGGAACAAUUUUAGAGCCAACAAAGAAUUGCCUAAGCUAUCACAAUUUGCUGCUUGAGAGGGUAACUCUUUCAGGCACCAACAAUUCCAUAAAAAUAGACUUAAAAGGAUCUGAUACAUAAAUAUAAGUAUUCAUAAAUACUAGAACAAAUGUGCUAUUAUUUCCUACCAAUAUUGUACUUUUCAGUAAGAGUAAUGUACAUACAGAUGGUGUGUACAAAAAUAAAGGUGCGUUACAUGUA